AUGGCUAGUUUCUCAAACCACACGGAUAUCAAGGCGUUGGAAGAAGUUAUUGAAAUGGAAAUAUACCCUGGGACAGAGCUUAUGAAAGACGUUGGGUCACAUCACUUCGUCAAAGAUACUGCUAGGUCUCACUCAGUGGUCGUUCCUCAACCCAGUAACGAUCAACAUGAUCUAUUGAAUUGGAGCCCUUUCUGGAAAUUUUGGACUAUGUUCUGUGCGACUUUGGUAACGUUAGCACAAGGACUAGGACCAUUAUCUCUAACUCCAAUGUUCGGUGACUACAUCGAGACUUUUGACUCGGGCCUCAAAGGGGUCGUGGAAUUUGUUGGUAUAUCGGUUCUCGUCCUCGGCUUCUCGAAUCUGUUCUGGGUCCCAAUACAGUCUUGUUUCGGGAGACGACUAGUCUUAAUUUUGUCAACUUUAAUCUGUAUGGCUAGUUGUAUAUGGAGAGCUAAGUCGACUUCGUACCAAAGCUUUAUGGGAGCAAGCGCACUGAGUGGGUUUGGUGCUGGCCCAUCAGUAGCAUUACAGCCAACAGUAAUUGCUGACGUGAUUUUUCUCCACGACAGAGGCAAAUAUCAAACUCUAUACUUUGCUGCCUAUUUUGGUGCUCUUACGGUGAGUUUAUCGUUUCAAGAGUUUGGCAUCAUGCUUAUCCAGCAGAUUGAACCUGUUAUUGCUGGAUCAAUGGCCAAGAGUCUGGGUUGGCAAAGCUUUUGGUGGCUUAACGUUGGUAUCCUAGGCUUCACUUCUUUUGUGGGCAUUCUUCUGUUUCCAGAGACGAGAUAUACAAGAUCGAAUACUCUUGGUUUCGGCGACUCCUCGUCGAGCGCUUCUCAACCUACGGAUCUCCCCCGGAAUGACAAACCUACCAACUUUAACAAGCAUCAAGUUAUGGAUAGCGAGUCAGAUAGUUCGGAAAACCAAGUUGGAGCAGUUUCUCCCGUAGGGAGUUUGAAGGACGCCACCAUAAAUUUCCAAAAACACCCUCGGCUAGGUCGAGACAAACCCUCCAAACAGCAGUGGAAUUUCAUUCAACCGUACGAAGGCAAUUUUGUUGCGGAAUUGAUGUUACCGGGGAAAUUGUUUUUGUUCCCAAUUGUUGAAUUCGCUGCCUUCGUCGUUUCAUGGACCGGAUCGGCAUAUUUAACAGUCAACUUGACUCAAACCCAGGCUUUUGCUGCCCCUCCAUACAACUUCGACUCAUCUAAGAUUGGCUUGUUCAAUUUGGCAACUUUGGUAGGGACUUGGAUAGGUCUACUUUCGGCCGGCCCAUUGAGCGACGCCAUCGCUGCUCGACUGACAAAGAGGAACGGUGGCAUUCGAGAACCAGAAAUGAGAUUAUUGGCGAUGAUUCCUUACGUUAUUUUGAUGAUUAUUGGAAAUGUUGUCGUUGCUGUUGGUUACGAGCGUUCGUGGGAUUGGAGAAUAAUCGUCAUAAUUGGCUACACAUGCAUUGGCAUUCAAGUCGCUGCUCUGCCAGCAAUAUCCUCGACAUACGCCAUUGACUCUUACAAACCGGUGACUGGAGCAAUCUCUGUUAUGAUCACCAUCAAUAAGAACGUUUGGGGUUAUGGCUUGUCAAGUUCCUCACGCCAUGGAUCAUAA